AUGCCUAACUUGCAACAGCAACAGCGAAAUAGACGAGCUCGACUUCACGCAAUUCAAGAGGAACAAAACUGGCUCCACACGAUGCAGCGAACAUAUCUCGGCCUAGCUAUGACUCGAUACGCACGAGAACUCAUUCUCGAGCGUCGCAAUCGCAACUAUCAUCGUGAAGUCCACGACAGUCAAACUCCCCGCUUAAACAUCACCCUGGCUUCUCGCUCUCUGAUUCUAACGAUAGCCGAGCCACAUCUCCAAAAAGUUCUUGCGUACAUUCUCCUAUUCGUCUUUGGAUGCAUAUUAGGCAGUUGUGUCCAAAUGACCUGCGUCUACUUUAUGAUCUCCAGGGAAAGAGUGAACGCGACAGUAUUCCUGUUCUUGGGCAGAGUUUAUUUGCUAUGGGUUUGCAAUUUGUUGAGGAUGUGGCAUGUGGAGAUGGGAGACCUGAGAUUCAGAUUGGCAAUGACGGGCUAUAUGAGUGCGAUAGGAUUGGUUCUCUGGAUUUUGGCAACGUGGCAGAGUGUGAAGAUAUUUUAA